AAACAACCAGAGCAGCAAGGCGAUCUCGCUCGCAUCUGCAAGCAAGAAUUAUCCUCGCCUAUGACGAAGGACGUGGUUGUCGAGCACGGGGAGAGCUCCAAGGCGCCCCUGGUGGCGCCGGUGGCCUCGGGCGUCGGCCGCGCCGCGUCCGUUGCCGACGUCUUCCUCCGGUUCCUCGCCAUCGUCGGCACCAUCGCCAGCGCCAUCGCCAUGGGCACCACCAACGAGACGCUCCCCUUCUUCACGCAGUUCAUCCAGUUCGAGGCCAAGUACAGCGACCUGCCGUCCUUCACGUUCUUCGUGGCGGCGAACGCGGUGGUGUGCACGUACCUGGUGCUGUCCAUCCCGCUCUCCAUCGUGCACAUUGUCAGGCCCAGGGCGCGCUACAGCCGCCUGGUCCUCGUCUUCUUCGACGCGGCGAUGCUGACCCUGCUGACGGCCGGCGCGUCGGCGGCGGCGGCGAUCGUGUACCUGGCGCACAAGGGCAACGUGCGGGCCAACUGGUUCGCCAUCUGCCAGCAGUUCGACUCCUUCUGCGAGCGCAUCUCGGGCUCCCUCAUCGGCUCCUUCGCCGCCAUGGUCCUGCUCAUAAUGCUCAUCUUCCUCUCCGCCUUCGCGCUCGCCAGGUGCCACUGAUCUAGCUCCGGGCGUUCGGGAUUACCCGAAAUUUCGGAUCGGUUAAUUCGGGUUAUAAUAAAUUCGGGUUUUGAGAUCUGCUACCCGAAAUUGUACCCAAUAUUUUAAUACCGAAAUUUUAGGUACCCAAUAUUUCGGGUUCGGGUUCGGGAAUACCCAUACUA